UAGUACCCACGAUCCGGCACGGCUGUCUUCCAAUAAUUUUCUAUGGAGCCGAACCCAUUUCGUCAACAUACGCCGGCUUUCUCCUCUCCCUUGAACUACUUAGCCGUACCCGACGUGUCCUGGCUCCUUCACCCACAAAAUGAGCUCACAAUCCUCCGCAGCGACGGCGUUUGUUGAUCGCGUGCAAAAUUUUGUUUCUGAAAAUAAGCAAGCGAUCCUCAUAGGCACCGCGGCUGCUGCUAUUGCUGUCGGUGGUGUUGCUUAUUAUGCUUCUACGUCGUCUUCCAGGUCCAAAACUGACUUGGAAAAAGGUGAAAAGGGAGAGAGGAAGGAUAGAAAGUCAAGAAAGAAGAAGAAAGGUGUGAACGAUGCUGACGGGCCUAUUCUCGAAGAGCGAAAGGCAAAGGUUGAGGAUGAUGAAGAUGACCUUUCAAAAUACACUGCGGAGGUCGUCGCUGCAUUACCGGAGGAGGAACGCUCAAGAAUAGCAGGAUUGUUCAAAGCUCAAGGAAAUGACGCUUACAAAAGCCGCGACUUUGCUACCGCUGCGAAACUGUAUAGCCGUGCGAUAGAGACAACACCAAAAGCCGAACCUGUGUUCUACAGUAACCGUGCUGCAUGCUACAUGAACAUGGCUCCACCAAAGUAUGAAUUGGUCGUCCAGGACUGCGACGAGGCUAUUAAGCUUGAUCCCAACUAUGUCAAAGCUCUCAACAGGCGAGCGAUGGCGUUUGAGGCCCUUGAACAGUAUUCUGAAGCUUUGCGCGACUUCACCGCAACAACCGUCCUUGAAAAAUUCACCAACCAAGCCACCCCGCUCGCCGUUGAGCGCGUUCUUAAAACUAUGUCCACGAAAAACGCCCAAGAUAUACUCAAAUCAAGAGGACCCAAACUUCCUCCGGCCACAUUCAUCUCUGCAUACUUUGCUGCCUUCCGGCCACGAGAUUUGCCUGCUUUACCAGAAGCUCCCUCAGAAGGAGACCAGACGCUGAUUGAAUCAUUCAAGGCGCUGGAAGAGCAUGAUUAUCAGCGCUCGUUCGAGUUGAUUCAAAGAGCACUAGAGACAGGUGUUUCAUGGGAUGUUGGGAAGUCAGAGGCGUUGAAUCUAAGGGGGACAUACAAGUUCCUCAUUGGAGAUGUCGAGGGAGCCAAAGACGACUUAAAUGAAUCCAUCCAGCUCGUGGCUUCCUUCACUCAAAGCCUUGUCAAGAUCGCGAGUGUGUACAUGGAGCAGGGUCAAACUGACAAAGCUUUUGAAUGCUUUGAAGAGGCGAUCAAACAUAACCCAGAGGAUCCAGAUAUUUAUUAUCAUCGUGGCCAAGUGCUCUUCAUCAUGAACAAAUUCGACGAUGCAGCGAAGAAUUACACCAAAUCCACCGAGCUUGAUGAUAAUUUUGUGUUCAGCCAUAUUCAGCUAGCCGUUGCGCAGUACAAGGCAGGCAAUCUGGCUAAUGCAAUGGCUCAAUUCCGAAGGACAAUGAAAACUUUCCCGCAACGGAGCGAGCCUCUCAACUAUUAUGGCGAACUUCUGCUGGAUCAGCAACGUUAUCAAGACGCAAUCGAAAAGUUCGACAAGGCAGUCGAAAUUGAAAAGUCAAAAAAUCCUCAGAAUGUCCUCCCGCUCGUCAACAAGGGCCUUACCCUCUUUCAAAUGGAUCAAAACAUCGGCGCUGCCGAGCGAUGCUGUAACGAAGCCCUUCGAAUCGACCCAGAAUGCGAGGCCGCGGUGGCGACACUCGCUCAGCUAAGUUUACAGCAAGGUCUCGUGGAUACGGCUAUCAAGUAUUUCGAAAAGUCAGCGGAAUUAGCAAGGACGGAACAGGAGCUUGCGGGGGCGUUGACUUAUCAAUACGCGACCAAAGCACAAAUCGAGUUUGCGAAGAAUUACCCGAUGUUGGCAUCUCAAAUGAACGCGAUGGCUCAGGCUAUGUAGAGACGGCUCUUGUUUUUUUCGUGGCCAUCAUCCAUGCUGUCAUCCAUACUCUGAGGCGCCACGCACACUAUAUCUAUCUAGUAUUGUAUCCACGACUUAUUCUUCUGUUUCGAUCUGCCCAUGCGAAAUCAAAGCAAACCCUCGCUCUCGUUUCUAAUAUCCGAAUGACCGAACAAAGAUAAUCGAAGUCAGGUCAGGUUUCAUUUGGUAAGUUUCGAGACCAAUAGAUUGCGUGCAGUCUUCACGACUGCUAUUCACUCCUUCCUUAAAUGAAUAUCAGUAGUGGCGUAUCAUAGCGAGACCAAUGUUACAUAGGUAUGUCGUUGUCAGUUUGCUUGAAUCGAUAGAAAAGAAUGUGUUAUGGUUCAAUAAUUGACAAGCUUUAGAACCUGUGCCUUUGCCACAGUGGCUUGCUUUGCUUGCACCAUGUACUACAGCAGGGCUUGUGGGGGGCAAGCCCC